AUGAGUAAAGUAGCGAGGUUCUUUAGAAAGAAAAUCUUGCUCAAAUACGAUAAUAACUCAAUCGAGGAACUUUUUUUCAGUUCUUUUGUUGAACAGAUUAAUGAUUUUUAAGUUCAUUUAGGUAGUUUAAUAAUCUUUGUGUAUAGCAUCCUAAACAUAGUGAUAAAUAUAGUUAGCUCAAACAAGCAAAAUAGAAUUACUGAAAUUAUAUUAUUUAGCAUUCUUAUUACCAUCUCUUUAAUUGUAUUAGUUGUUGGUAGAAUUGUUGUCAGCUCAAGGUUUAUUCUUUUAUAUAUUUAAUAAAUAUAUUUUAUAGCACUCCAUACUAUUUUAAUUAUAUCUGCUAGCGAAAGAUCAGAUAAGCUAUACCUUAUUAUAGUAUGCUAUAGUUUGCAUAUUGUAAUCAUGCCUUAAAGUUAGCAUAUUUAUGUAAUAAUCAGUAAUGUAAUUUUUAUUACUCUCAUUUUGAUUUCCUAUAAUUAAUUCGACUGGUAGGAGCUUUGGUAGCUUUGGAUUUUGCUUUCUAUAAUAGGCUUAGAAUUGAGAUUCUUCGUUGAUGAAAAAUAAAAAAGGUUGCUUUUUCAUGAUGAGAAGUAAAUAAUAUAAAAAGAUAAUAAUAUUGAUGAGCUACCAAUCUAGAUAGAUUAAGGUUCUCCUACUUCAUCAACUAGAGCUAAUAACAACAAUUAAAAUAAUAUAAAAAAUAAUGAUAUCAAUUCGUAAAUUGCAGGCAAAUAACAAAGAUAUUUUUAGUCCAACCGUCCUACAAUAGGACAUUAAUAAACCUAAUAAAAUAGCGGAAAUAAUAUUUUUGGUAAUCAAGGAUCUAACAAUCAAGAAAAUGUAGAAACAUAAAGACAAAUUCCAUAAACUCAAUAAAGCCCUUAAAGCUAGUAGCACAAGACCUUGUAAAAACAGAACAGUAAAAAUGGUUUGAGCAGUCAGAGUGUUUACAAUUAAUAAUUCAGUACAAGCAAAUAAAAUUCUUUGCAAAAUAACAAUUUAGUAAGUGGGCAUAAUCAUUUUAAUAAUUAAAAUGGAAAAUAAAAAAUAGAUUCUCCUCUAUUAAAUACAGAUUAACAUAAUUCAGUUAGCAAUUUAAAAAGAAAAAUGACUAUAUUUCAUAUAAGAAAAGGAAUGGAUGAGCUAAAAAAAUUUAUGUAAUCCUCUUCGCUGCAUAUAAAUGAGAUUGGAUAAGCAAUCUAAAAUGGCGAGAUAAAUAAUGGAAUAAGUAAUUCUUUACAUAGAUCAGACCUCCCACAUGCUAUACAAUUAAGCCCACUUAUUUCUAACCCAUUUGAGAGCAUAUAUAACAUUCAAAGCGCCACAAAGAGAACAAAACAAAAUAAUAUUUAUAAUUUUUUACCCUGUUCAUUUAUAUACUGCAAAUUGGAUCCACAAAAUAUGGAACAAAUUUAGCUAAUCUAUGCUAACAACAAAGCAAAAAGCGACUAUCAAAUAGUUGAUAAUACUAAAUUAGAUGAUUUCUUGAAAAAAUCUAAAGUUUCAUCUUCACUCCUUAAAUUUCAAGAUGCUUCAAUAAAUUCUUUGAAAAAAAUAAUUUUAUUAAAUUACUAAUAAAUUUUAGACGAAAGCAAAUUCAUGAGAUCAUAGAUCAUCUCUCACACUCAUUUGCUGACCUCUGAUUAUAAACGAAAUUAGCAAGAAUAUGGCCAAAACUUUUUUAAUAGCACCAAAAAGAAUAAUACAGUUAUACAAAAAAGAUUAAGCUUACUACCAAAUAAAUUUGCUUUACAUUCAGAAUUAAAAGAAAAAGAAAAUAAAGGGAUAUAAGUAUUAAUAGAUUUUCAUGGAAAGAAAUAUGUUAUCAAAAUAGUUAUUCUCCCUAGCGAUGAGCUAUAUAUCUUCAUUAAUGAUGACGGAUUCGAGAAAUUCAUAUUAGAAAAAAAAAGGAGAGCUACAUGUGACUAGCUAAUUAAUAUUAUUGACAUGAUGAUUAACAGAUUUUAAACUAUUUAGUAAAUGCUGUGCAGCGAAAUACCUGCUUCCAAAAAGGAAAUCCUAAUGGAGAUAUUUUUAGCAACAAAUUAUGCAUAAAAUAUUUAGAACAGUAUAAAAGAGCAGCUACAGCAAAAUAUUGAAGUUAUCAAUAGAAAAAUUAUUCUUUCUGUUACACUGAAUAGAGUAAAAGAGAUGAUUGAGAGGAAAUACAAAAACGUGCAUGUUCUCAUUGAUGAAGAAAUCCCUAAUGAGUGCAAAAAAAUAUAUAAUGAUCCUUAUCAUUUAGUUCGUACUUUAACAAAUAUUAUUGAAAACUCAUACAGUAAUACUUAAACUGGUUUUGUUUAAAUUCUUCUUCAUCAAUCUAGGAUCUUCAAAGACCAUUUAAGGUUCGACAUUAUAGACUCAGGCAAGGGCAUAGAUCCACAGAUUCUAUAAUUAAUAAAUGAAAGUAAUUUCUUUAAUGAUGAAGAAGAGGAAGAUGCAAUUAAUAGACUUUUUUUGCUUUUUUCUUCUCUUUCAACAAACAGUGAUAAAGUAGAAGAAAAAGAACAAGAAAAAUCUAUUUUUUAAGAUUAUAUAAUCAAAGGAUUUGGGUUAAAAUUCUCUCAUCACAUGAUCAAGAUAAUAGGUCCUUAUAAUAGAAUGUUUGCUGAAUCAAUACCAGGUAUUGGUUCAAGGAUUAGUUUUAUUGUAUACAAGGAAGGUCCACCAUCUUAAGAUACUGUUUUCAAGCCCUAUCAGUUUAAAAAUAAUAAUUUUGAAUAAGAAAUGGAAUAUUUCAAUCCUCUAAAUAAAAGUGCUUCAAAUAAUAAAAAUUGCUCUCUAGAAGAAUACAUUUAACACAUGAACAUUGAAUUAAAUAAAAUAGAGCCACCUUCUUUAAAUAAUAGUUUUGUUAAUAUUAAUGUUCCUAAUUAAUUUAAAACAUUUAAAACACCAUUUUCAUAAAAUACUAGCAAAUCAAACAAUACAAUUACCAGUAACAGAGAGAUUAGGUCAACUUCUGCACAUUAGAUUAAGCAAAAUAAAAACAAAGUUUCUUUUAGUAAAAUUAGAUCAUAAAAGAAUAUAAUUGAAAAUUAAAGAAACUUUCUUAUCUAAAAACAACUAUCUCCUCUCAUUUAAGGAAUGUCUGUUGCUAAUGUAGUUAAUUACAAAAUUUAGCAAUAGAAUUCUUUAAGACUUUCUUCAUCGCCUCCUGGUUAUAAUUAGAAUAUACUAAAUAUCCCAUAAAGCCAGGAUAUUUACAUUGAUAACUUUUCUAACUGUUUUAGAAAUAUUGAUCCAGCCUCUUCAUAAAUGUAUUCUGAUUAUCAAAAUAAUGGGUAAUAUUAAAUAUAAGUAAUGAAUCAAUUAAAUCCAAAACUAAAUAAACGAUCUUCUAAAGAAAACAAUUAAAAUGUUAGCCCAAGCAUUUACCUGAACUUGAAAAAGAAUAAUUAAUUCCCAAGCAGCAUUAACAAUAGCAUUUUUUUUUAGGAUUAGAACGUCAGCUCUGGGUAAAACGGUUUAAAUGCAACUAAUUUGCAUAACAUCCCUUAAAGUCAUGCCUCUUUGUCAAAUAUAACUCAUAUAGGUUAAAAUACAACUUUUUAUACUCCUAAAGCUGAUAAAUUAGAGCAUUUGAUAAACUAAAAUGCUUAUAAUUAGAAUUAUUCAAAUCCUCCAAGUAGUCAAUUUAUCGGGAAUGAUUCUUAUUAGCAAUAAGAAGAUGGUUAUUUUAUUAAAAAAAUAUAACAUUGA